AAAGAGGAGCAGACAAAAAACAGUUUAUUCAUACUAGACAAGUGUAUUAAAUAAAUUUUAUCUAGUUACUAGUUAAAAGGUAAUAAUACUCCCAUCAUCAAACUGAAAUAUGUCGUCCUGCUUCCGAAAUUUGUUUGCUAACAAAUUCCCUAUCAUUGGCAUGGUGCACGUAGAAGCACUCCCAGGAUCCCCUUUUUGCAAAAGAGAUUUCAAUGCGACGAUUGAUAAAGCAGUCCAAGAAGCAAAAGUUUAUGCAGACAAUGGAAUAGAUGCAAUAAUGAUUGAAAACAUGUAUGAUAUCCCGUAUGUUCAAAGCAGAUACUUUGGUCCGGAAACGGUAGCAUGCAUGGCGAGAAUUGCCACUGUUAUCAGAGAAACUAUUGGAGAUAAUAUUCCAUGUGGAAUUCAGAUUUUAGCUUGCGGUAAUAAAGAAGCAUUAGCCGUAGCUAAGGCGUGCAAUUUAAACUUUAUACGUGCUGAAGGAUAUGUUUUCUCUCACGUAGCGGAUGAAGGAUUUACCGAUGCUGAUGCAGGACAAAUAUUAAGAUAUCGGAAGCAUAUCAAUGCUGAAAAUAUUCAAAUUUUUACUGACAUUAAGAAGAAGCACAGCUCCCACGCCAUAACGAAUGACGUCUCGCUACUGGAAACAGCCAAAGCAGCAGAAUAUUUUCGCUCGGAUGGAAUUGUACUAACGGGAAGUUCCACCGGCUGCGAGACUAACGUGGAAGAAGUUGGAUCAUUGAAAAGUGAAGUCCUACUACCAUUGAUUGUAGGAUCCGGGGUUACUAUAGACAAUAUAAGUAAAUAUUGGAAUUUGGCUGAUGCUGCUAUAGUCGGAUCACACUUUAAAAAAGAUGGACAUUGGAAAGGCGAAUUAAGUGAGACUAAAGUACGUUCUUUCAUUGAGAAGCUAGAUGGCUUUCGGAGUAAGGUUUAGGAGUGUAACGUUGCGUGGUUUUUAAAUAAAGAUAAACUAUCGAUUAUUGAUAAAUUAUUUAUGUAACA